CCGUCAACACCUCGUUUCGAUGGAAAGGAUUAUCUUUAUCUUUUUGUCCAGAAGCAGAAGAAACAAAAAGUGAAAGCUCUUUUUUCCACUUUGUCACUUUUAUCUCGAUCCUCUUCAGAAGGCUGCGAUAUUUAUUGAUUGAUUGAUUUGCUGGUUUGUCGCCUGAGAGCGGGAUCGUCGGAGGAAAAGAGAAAAUGUUCAAUAACAGGGAUCGCUGGAGGGUCUACAAGAGGGUGAGCCUGGUGUUCUUCCUGGCUGCGGUGGCGCUGACCGUUGUCCAGCGGGGGAGCAUCAACAUCGGGGCGCCCUUCGAACUCCAGAGGCGGGCUCGCAUGGGGGGAGUGGAGCCUGAAGCUGCAGCGGAGGAGAAGAUGGACUCGUCCCUGGGGAGGAAAAACUUCUGGAAAGCUGUUAAACCCCCCCCACAGCCCAAAACCCUCAGGACCACACUGAACAAACCAGCAAUCACUGGCAACUGGGAUAUAACCAGUUCCAACUGCAGCGCCAACCACAACCUCUCCGGCCAAGACUGGUUCAGGAGCCUGGAGGACAAUUUCAAGCAGUUCAUGCUUUAUCGCCACUGCCGUUACUUUCCGAUGGUCCACAACCACCCAGAGAUGUGUGGAGGGGAGAUCUAUUUGCUCAUGGUAAUUAAAUCAGUGGCCACCCAGCAUGACCGCAGGGAGGUCAUCCGAAAAACCUGGGGCAAGCAGCAGGUGGUGGAUGGCAAGAGGAUAAAGACCCUCUUCCUUCUCGGUAAACCCUCCAACGAGGCGGAGCGGGCGAACCACCAGAAGCUUGUGGAGUAUGAGAACAAAAUCUAUGGGGAUAUCCUCCAGUGGGAUUUCCUGGACAGCUUCUUCAACCUCACACUGAAAGAGACUCACUUCCUCAAGUGGUUCCACACGUACUGUCCCGGCGUGCGCUACGUCUUCAAAGGGGACGACGACGUGUUCGUCAGCCUGGACAACAUCAUCGAGUACCUGGAGGGCAGCGAGCAUGACAGGGACCUGUUUGUGGGGCACGUGAUUGUAAAUGCGAGGCCCAUACGUAAUAAAGAUAGUAAAUACUACAUACCCCAGGCCAUGUAUAAUAAGACACUAUACCCUCCGUAUGCAGGUGGAGGAGGUUUUCUGAUGGACGGGAGCCUGGCGAGGAGGCUUUACCCGGUCGCGGAGACCCUGGAGCUAUACCCCAUCGACGAUGUCUUCUUGGGCAUGUGUCUGGAGGUGCUUCGGGUCACUCCCAUCAAACACACGGCCUUUAAGACAUUCGGGUUGGUGAGAAAUAAGAGCAGCAAGAUGAACCGAGAACCCUGUUUCUUUAAGAGCAUGAUCGUGGUGCACAAACUGCUCCCAUCAGACCUCAUGCACAUGUGGAAGCUGGUGACCGGUGACCUGGUGUGCUCACAGAAGGUGAAGGUCAUCCUAUAGCUGAACGAGCACACCAGGUAAGGACAGCACAGGCAAUGCUGAGCUACACCUGGGUGGAAACUAAAGGGAAGUGCGGUGGAGUGCUCGAGGGAAACUUCCCGGUAAACUCUCCUUUGUGUGGAGAGGGAGCAGUAAAAUAUUAGAUUUCACUGUUCCUGGACAGUAAUUUCAUUUUUAAAAGCCAAGUAAAUUAUAGAUUUUUUUUAAAAGACUGACCUAGAAUUGUGUAUUUAUAUUGGCUUUUUUUUUUUUUUUAAA